CACCAAGCUUCCAGGCUGACUGUAGCCGUGUGAAACACGCCACGUCGAGGCGGUGGCGCGUUAUUUGGCACAGCGCGCACCACCUCUGUGCCAACGUCAGGGCACACACGGUGCGUGCUGGAAGCAGCGCGCUGUAGGAGGGGAGACGGACGCGCCACGCAUCCACAUCACCGACGAGGGUGGCGCGGUGGCAUCGCCUGCAGGAAUCCAGUUGUAAAGUCCACACAUACACACACGAGGCGAAAAUGCGCUGAGGGGAAGCUGUCUGGUGGAGCUCGGUUGAUUACCAAAGAUUACCUCACGGCGCUGAGACAUCUGAAGAAGAAGGAGAAGAAGAAAGAAAAAACACGCUCCGGACAAGUUGUGAUUUCACAGGAAAUCCGACUGGAGAUGAAUACCAACGAUGCCAAGGAGUAUCUCGCACGGCGGGAGAUACCUCAACUAUUUGAGAGCCUGCUGACAGGUUUGAUGUACUACCGGCCUGACGACCCUAUUGACUACUUGGAGGGCUGUCUGAAGAAAGCCAGGGAGCUCGGAGGACCGGACAAGGUGCGGUGGGAUACCUUUGUGGGCCAGGAGAAGAAGUCCCUUCCCCCUCUCAACGGCGGCCAAUCACGCAGGUCCCUCUUCAGAAACGUGUUGCCCGACAGUCCCAACUUCCCCUACAGACGGUAUGACCGCCUCCCUCCCAUCAGCCAGUUUUCCAUCGAGAGCGACUCGGACCUGUCGGAGACGGCGGAGCUCAUAGAGGAGUAUGAGGUGUUUGAUCCAUCCAGACCACGACCCAAAGUCAUCCUCGUCAUCGGUGGCCCUGGCAGCGGCAAAGGCACACAGAGCCUGAAGAUCGCAGAGAGAUACGGCUUCCAGUACGUGUCUGUGGGCGAGCUGCUGAGGAAGAAAAUGAUCCACAACGCCACCAGCAACAGAAAGUGGAGCCUGAUCGCUAAAAUCAUCACCAAUGGGGAGCUGGCACCACAGGAGACAACAAUAACUGAGAUCAAGCAGAAGAUCAUGAAGAUCCCAGACGCAAACGGCAUCGUCAUAGAUGGGUUCCCCCGGGACGUUGGACAGGCCCUGUCCUUUGAGGACCAGAUCUGCACUCCAGACCUGGUGGUGUUCCUGGCCUGCACCAACCACCGUUUGAAGGAGAGGCUGCAGAAACGAGCCGAGCAGCAGGGACGACCGGACGACAACCCCAAGGCCAUCGACCGCCGCCUGACCAACUUCAAACAAAACACCAUCCCUUUGGUAAAAUACUUCCAGGAGAGGGGCCUUAUCGUCACAUUGGAUGCUGACCGAGAUGAGGAGGAGGUCUUCUGUGACAUCAGCAUGACUUUGGACAACAAGCUGUUUCCCUCCAAAGAGCCUGCAGCCGGUCCCAGUGAGCUGGAUCUCAGUCUACUGGGUGAAACCAGCAGCUCGGCAGAUGUUGCUUGCAAGUACGAUGAGGUGGAAGAGGAGGAAGAGAUCGGGUACGCUGCAGGAACCACAGAGAGUUAUUGUACAGAACAGAAGAAACCUAAGGUCAUCUUCAUGAUGGGUGGUCCAGGCUCAGGGAAAUCUCUCCAGUGUGAGCGGAUGGAGGAGCGGUUCGGCCUGCGCAGCCUCGCUCUGGGUGACCUGCUGUGUAACGAGCUGCAGUCUCACGGGGACAGAGGGCGCCACCUGCGGGAUGUCCUGGAGAGAGGACAGCAGCUACCUGAGGACACACUGCUGGACCUGCUGUGUGACGCGGUGGCGUCGUCGGUGCGGCAGGGGAAAGGUCUCGUGGUCAGCGGCUUCCCCAGAGACGUGAGGCGGGCCGAGGAGUACGAGGCCAAGAUGGGGGAGCCCAGUGCAGUGCUCCUGCUGAGCUGCUCAGCCGACACCAUGUCCAGUCGCCUGCAGUGUCGUGGCAGAUCCACCUCCACCUCCGGCCUCCACCCGGCCUCAGACAGAGACACAGAUGUCCUGCACAGGAGGGCUGAGAGCUUCUGCAGCGACAGCCAGGCGGUGGCAGCUCACUAUGAACGCAAGAAGCUUCUGCACACGGUUGACGCAGAGAGGUCGCCAGAUGAAGUGUUCACCCAGAUCUGCCAGGAGAUGGAGACCUUCUGAGUCCUGCAACACCACCCCCACGGAUCCCCCCCAAACUCUGCUGUCCAGGAGGUCCACCUGUGAAGACCUUUUCUCUCUCCCUCUCUCUGGAGACUCACCCACAUAACUCCACACCUGCACCAGACAUACGCUCAUUGAACUGUGGCAUGCAUGUCCCCAAACACAAUCAGUGAAACCCCUUUUUCUGCUUUUGACACUGACGAAGCGCCUGGUUGUCACAUUCUGCUUCCCACACUCGCAUUGUUUCUCUCUCUUACAUCGACCUCAAUAUAUGCUGCCAACUGCCGGACCGAGGCAGAUAACUGUACUGAGAAAACAGCAUUCCCUGCUGUGACUGAGAGCAUGUUUUUUUUUUUUAGUUGAAUGUGAAAUCUCUCUGCCAUUCCCCUCCCCCCAAAGCAGCAGAGAAAAAGAGUUCCUGCAGUGCUAGAAAGUGGAAAUGUCAGCGUGUGCUCAUGCUCUCAUGCACAGCAAACAUGCUUUAUAUCGUAACAAGCAUGCAAGAAUUACAAUCAAGCUUAACUGCCUUUUUUGCAUUCAAUAAAAAGCAGAAAAGAAUUAUGAGUAUUACAGAGUAUCGCAUUUGUAUGUUUCCAAGCUCAUCGUGCAGGUGCUUGUUUGAGUCGGGUAUUUAACAUUCAAUAAAGCCAGUGCAUUUGCUAAAUGGA